AUGUCGAACGCGAUAGAGGAUCCCCGGGUCAGGGCGGCCAUUGAGCACUACCUGUUAGAUCUGGAGAACACCCAGCCGAAGAAUACGAAGCGAAAUUAUCGUCCCAAGCAGGAAGAAUGGAAGGAGUGGUGUCAAGCCAACUGGCCUGCGAUCCCGGACGUUUGGCCGGCCUCGGUACCACAGGGCCAACAGCUACCGGGAGACCUGGUCGAUGAAGGAAAGCUCUUGCUCUUCAUGAAGGAGGAAGCCAAGAGGGCCGUGAAAAGACGCAGAGCACCAUCAGAUACCAUCGUUGUAGGCGGCGGAGGUAGCGAAUACGAGUCAGACUCCGACUUGGAGUUGUAUGAGUCCACGCUCAAACUACAGUAUAAUACUGUACGGGGCUACGUCUCGGCCAUACAGAAGCUUUACGACGAGCAGAAGAGCCGGGAGUCAAUCCUGCGGCCCGGCCACGGGAGUGGCACUGAAGGCGCUCAAACGCAGCAUUCUUGCAACGACUUGGAGCCGGAAGAGGAAGGAAUACAUGGACAGGGAGUUGGAACUCUGAGAGAUGUGUAUGCGCCGGCGCAGAUACCCGACCACACCAACGUGGCAUGGUCCGAGAGAGAGAUCGCCUGCGCCCUGAGGACGCAGGUGGACUUUCUGCUCGGGAACCACAUGCUGCUGCGGUCCGGCAACCGCCUGCCGAUGGAGUUGGCAGACUGCUUUCCCUGGACUUACCCAACGAGGGCUUCAAGGCCCAGGGUAUACCACGAAGGCGCUGGUUGUCGUGAUGAACUGUGGAAGACCAACCAGCACGGCCGCAUGGAAAAAGGCGGAAAGGUUUCCGUCUUCCAAAGAAGCGAAGACUGGUAUGAAACGAAGGUGCUCCGCCGAUCGGCGAAGGAGCCUCAAGCUCCGUUGUCGGGCCAGACUGCCCGAGAAUGGACGUCCAGGUUCUACAAGAAGGCCGGCAUCAAGGUCUCCAAGGUCAGCCACGCGCCUAGAGUGGCGGCGACGCAAAACGCCGACAUGGCCGGGUGGAUGGAGGACAGGCGUAUCCGCCGAGCCGGUCGUUGGAAUAACGGAGACCAAAUGACCGGCUGCUAUCUGACUUCCUGCCUUUCGAAUUCAUGA